AUGACUCCCGUCCCUCCUACUCCUCCUUCCCCCAUUCCUUCUGUACCCUCUCCUGUCUUUUCCGACCCGUUGUCCGUUUUGGCCUCCGCCCUGUCUGCUUGUCUCUUACGCUCAGCCCAACCUGCAACUACCUCUGCCUCCUCUAUGGCCCUAGUCCCGUACUCCCUGGCAACAGAUCCAAGUUACCCACUCAUGGUGGUUGGCUCGGAUGAGCCCGCCACUUCAGAUCAACCCUAUGCUGUGGGCGUCUCCCCGGCAGCCUCAGGUUUCCAUCCUACUACAUCACAGAUGGUCAACCCCCGUAAUAUUGUCACUGGUCUCCCUGCUCCUGGGCCCUCAGCUAUGCGAGCUCCAGCCUCCCUUGAUGUUGCCUCCUAUCAUGGCCUCCCGAACCCUUUCCCCCCCGAGGAUGAUAAUGUACAAGGGCACAGCCUGUUCCGCCCUCAAGAUAAUAGGCCCUCACAGCGACAUGCCACCUCCGGGUUACACCUCCAGGUGCCCCCUGCUACCGACGGUGCUCCACCUAUGUAUGUCACAUUUAACCCAUCACAAGCUGCCACCUUGGUCACUUCCCUCCCUGACCCUGAAAAACAGCCCAUGCCAUUCUUCCGCAGAAUAAAUAUAACAAAUUGA